GAGUGCGUUCAAUGCAGAUUCAGCCCAGAGUUGCUGGCCAUUAUUGUCAUUUUUCACUAAAAAUAUAAUUACAUUUUUAAUGGUUUCCAAUCCUGGAUAGGAAAAAAUGUUACCUUUCGUGGUUGCAUUCGUUUAGUGCCGUGUACCGACAGUCAAACGAGAAGAAAGUACAACAAUUUAGUGCAAAUAAGCGAAAUUUCUUGGCGCAGCAGCGAAUUGAAGCGAAUUUUCCUACCUACUGCUUCGAGCUUCUUCCAAAACACAGUGUUUUUUUACGGCUUGAUACGGUCCUAAGGAUCCUGUGGAGGUGAAAAAUGUCGACUGGCCUGGUGGACAAAUCGUUUGCCAGCAACGACGAGCUGUUCUACCUGAAAUGGAACAAUUUUCAAAAGAACGUCAGCACCCAGUUUGAAAAACUCCGGGAGGAAGAUGAUCUUGUUGAUAUUACGUUUGCAUGUGAAGGUAAAAAAUUGACCGCACACAAACUGGUGCUGUUUGCUUGCAGUCCCUUUUUUAAGGAUUUGCUAAAGAAAAAUCCAUCGCCCCAUCCGGUGUUCUUCAUGAACGAUGUCAAAUACGAUGUGCUGAAGGCAAUUUUGGAGUAUAUGUAUUUGGGCGAAGUGCACAUCACCAAUGAAAACUUGAAGGAUUUCAUCAAAACAGCCGAAGGGCUCCAGAUUCGUGGGCUAAGCAAGGAAAAUAAUGCUUUGUCCAACACACAGGGUGACAUUGUGAUGCCAACAUCGAACCAGAUUCCGCUGCGAAAGGAUGAUAAGCAGGAUGUCGAGAAUGUGCACCUGCUGGAUGAGUUUUGUCGCAAACGUCCCGAACCGGCCGAUCUCAAUCAUGCUCUGAUUAAGCGUGUGAAAACCGUUGACUCUCACGUAUCGGCAGUCGGUGGACAAGACAACGCUAAUGUGGAACCCAAAGUCGAAAUGGUCGAAUACUUGGAUGCCGAUGGAGCAAAUCAUCCGUCACCGACGUACUGCAGUAUGGAUAACUUUACCGAAAAAAGUGGUUCUCGGAAUAAUUUAGCCCAUAUGAGUCAACUCAAUGCAGCUGGAUUCACACAAACCACGACUCAAGCUAGUAGUUCGGGGCAUCAGCAACAACAGCAACAGCAGCAAUCACAGCAACAACAACAUGUGCAACAGCAUGAGUACAAAUCGGAAGAAGACAGCAGCUGGAUGGAUAAAUCAUUGGACAACAUUUCAGUGAACUCCGAGCAGCAAAGUGGUAAAUACAAAAGUGGAAAGUCCAGCGGAAGUCGAUCCAGUCGUUCUAAUGACGACAAAACUAACUGCUUGACCCCGCGAUGCUGUCCGGUAUGUUCUCGCCUCUACUCUAACGUGUCCAAUUUGAGACAACACAUGCGCUUGAUCCACAACCCGACUGCUGUCUGUUGCCCGAUCUGCCAGAAACACUUCAACUCUGAACUUUACCUGAAGCGACACUACUCCUCUAUCCAUUCGAUCAAUCCGAACAGCCAGGGUGAAGGAGAUCUAGUAGAUCAGAAGCCCCCAUCGGCACAACUGACCACUCAACAGCAACAACCUCCGCAACAGCAACAACAACAACAACAACAGACCCCACAGCAAACUCAACAACAGCAACAGCAGCAACAACAGCAGCAGCAGCAGCAAGCAUCAGCACAACAAGCGGCUGCCCCGGCAGCUACCAACACCUGGAACCCAUAUCAUCAUCAUGACACUACGCAGCUUGUGAAUCCCUUCAUUAAAUAAUCACUGGUAGUAACCGGUAGCAGUCGGUCACAGCUACAAUUGCAAUCGCCACAACUACAACAACAACAACAACUGCAACAACAGCAACAGCAUCUUUCCCAGUUGGUCACUAUUUGUUCGAUUGGUGUCCGACCUUGUAGCAGUUGGUCGGAAAAUUAGUUCGGUUGUCGUUAGUCCACUUCGUUAUCCCUUCGUUUUAGAUUUGUUAGUUCAGUUUUCUUCAUUUUCUGUCCGAGGGCAUUCUGCCGUGGUGAAAAAACUCUCUAUGGCUGUUGUGGCAAUAGCGGACGAAAGUUCGCUUGAAAAAACAUUCUUCGAAACUUAUUCAUAGUUAUUAGCAGUGUGCAAAAUGAUACAAAUGCUACGGAUGUUAUACCAACUGAUAUCUGAAUCCUACGGUUCUCCCAGCACACGAUAAGUCCGCCGCCUGCAUUGAAUCAACUUUGCCGGAUAGGCAUGCGCUAGGUAAAUGUUUCACCCGCUGACAAAUCUGGCUAGAUUUUGUUAAGUACUGAAAUAGUAUUGGCAGUAUUGUGUUAUUCCCAUACCGGUCAUGCUCUGAAAAUUCAUCUUACCUCAAUUUUUCUGAUUUGCUUCAUUUGAUUUUCUUCGUGGAUGUUGUAACAAUAUGGAAAGAAUCUUGAAAAUGCGUUCCUCUGUAUCAGAUUUGCUAUCAUAUGUACAUUUUUAGUGGUAGUUUGGUAGGUAUAAAAAAUCGAAUCGAAAAUUGAAGAUGAUCACGUUUUGGGCAGAUUUCACAUCCUAUCAUUCUACUUUUUAGUGUGGAAGCAGUGCAAUCGCCUUUCAUAUGAAAAAUGAAACUAUUUUUGAUAAGAAUGCGGAAAGUUCAAAAUACCUGCCAUGUUGCUGAAAUAACAUCGUUUAUAACCGCUUUGCGAAUUUUUCUGCCGAAUUACCGUUAACAGAAUGAAAAAAAAAUGGAUCGUAGCGGUAGGUGGAAUUAAUUUUAUUGAUUCGUGACACAGACUUACUGUGAUCUAAAUUCAAACUGUUGAUAGCUUGCUAUGAUUCAGUUUCGGUAUCUCAACAGUUAGAAUGCCGACCGUCUAGGAUGCUUGGCACCAGUGGACAUUUUCCGUCACAGUCGAGUUUCCCUUAUCAAGGAUGUGCCGCCAUAUCUGAGCCGUCGUUGAUCGAUACUCCCAUUGGUAAUCACCGACAAAUGAUUAUGCCAUCAGGAGCAGAUUGCAGAACAGAGCCUUGUAGGCAGUAUUAAGGAAUGCCAUCGUCUCGAUGUUUUUUUGGGGAAAACUCUACGUUAAUUCAAAAUUCGGUGAGUAAAACCGUACAAACUAGGCCAGGUGUCGAUCGUCUAUUGCUGGACCAACUUCAAACAGAUUUACGAGAUGAUUUCAUCUACUGAUGGGAAAUAUUCACCCCUAUUCUGUAUUUCGAUCGAAUCGGAUUACCAAGCUUCGGUUUCAGUGGAGAAAACCAAAUAUUCUAGAUAACAAGUGAUCAAAACUUUAAUCAAUCAUCUAAUUUCCCUAUUUUUCGUGACUUUCCAUAACAGAGAAGACAAUUUCACAUACAGUAUACUUUACAUUUCGCAUAGCAUGUAGAGUAAAUUGAUACGUACAAAAAGAUCUGUAAUUCUUGAUACAAUGAGAUUAAAAAGCCAAUUAAUGAUUGCUUUGGAUUACUUCAAUUGAUACUUUAAAGUUGCAUAGUGAAAACGGAUACAAAAUCGGUGCAUUUUUAUCCAUUUUGCCUUGACAGUAUUUUUACGGUUGGUCGAAAUUCCGGGUAAAUUAACUUGUUCAAUCAAUCUUGUAGGCAGACAUUACCAGCUUUGCCCGUAAGCUUGCGGAUGAAGGGCAAUCCACGCUUCUUGAGAGAUUAUUUGGUGUAAACUUGGUGUGUCUAGGAUGAGACGAACGAAACCCGUAUUUCAGACCACAACUGCAAAUCGCUUGCCAAAUCAGGGCGUUGUCGGCAAACACGAAUUCGAAUGUUCCCGGCACAUCCCUACGUAGGUUCGCACCUUUGACUGGAAAGCUGCUUAAAAUCGAGUUUGACGUAUGCUUUGACAUCGAGCAAGCAGCUCUUGUGUUUCGUCAGAACACGGUCGUAUAACAAUAUUGCACACUUUUUGGCCACGAGAUUCUGGUUCAUGUGCCGGUUGGAAUAUUUACUGGUUAUGUAUGACUUGUAUCCUUGUGCCUUCUGGCCUCAACUUGGAUCGAUAGAUCGGGGUUGGCUUUAAUGCAUGGUGAAACCCCUUUGAGCUUCAGUUCCGGAAUUACAGGAUGGUGAGAGAAGAAACUGCCAAUUCCAAAAUUAGCCUUCUUUGAAGAAGACGUAAAGAUGAUCUAAUUUUUCUAAAAAAAAUUAAGUAAUUCUAGUUUAGAUUUGAAGACCACACAAACUCACGGUUCUCGGAAUUCGGUUCCGAAAGUACCGAAAAUUGUGGCCAAAAACUCCAAAACAGGACUCACACUUUUCUCCGAGAUGGCGCAACCGAUUUUCACAAACAAAAGGCUCAAAUAAAAAGUCCUUUCAAAAUUUAGACCGAUGGUGCAAAAAACUGAAAAACAAAUCUAAUUUUGGCUCGAAACUAGUUCUUUUUUUAGCAAAGCAAAAUCUUGGCAUUACAUUUCUUUUGUGGAAAUUAGCCUUUCUGUUUCAACAGACUUCGUAGCCGAUUUUUAGCGUAUAGAAUCAUUGCAUGGCUAGUACUACGAUCCUACUGACACUAAGAAUUCUUCCAGUUUGGGGAUGGAACAUACGGCAACUGGCUUGUAAGCGAGCACCAUAUGCAUUGAAUCGACAACCCGGGACAAUUUUUAAGGCACUUUUCUUGUAUCUAUUCAAUGAGCUGUUCAAGAAUACCACAGUAAAAGGACGAACGAAUGGAGCAAUAUCUGGGCUAUACGGCGGGUAGGGUAGGAUAUCCUGUUUGUGUGUUUUUAACGGUUGUGCAACAUUUUGGCGAGCAUUCCCAUGUUGUAAAAUUACUUUAUCGUGUUUAUCGGUGUGUUGAGGCCACUUUUCUUAUGUCGUUUUCGCUUGAUGCCAAACCUAACCCAGUUUUCACUCUAACCGCUGUCAAACCGUUUGUUUGAAGCCAGUUUCGAACCUAGUUUCAACGUUGUUGAACUGAAAAUUGAGUCAGUUUCGAACCUGGUUUUUAUAUCAGGUUUGCUCAAACACUCGUUUCUAAGUGCGAAAUCAAAACAGUUUCGUGAAAAGUGUUUGAUGAAACUACUCUGGGUCAGUUUCAGUUUUCUCAAGCGAAAACGACAUUACAAAGCUCGGUUCAAACGCAUCAAUUGUCGUUGGUAGACGUCUUCAGUGAUGCUUUCACGGUGUGGCAGUAGCUCAUAAAACACAACAACCAGCCUAGUCUCACCAUUUUGAAUGACAAUUCGAUGCAAGAAACCUUUUUUUUUUGUGCCAUUGAAAUAGAAACAGCGUUCGGCGUCCCCUUGCUUUAAUUCAUACGGCACCCGAUUGUCUACCUUUCGGAUCAUUUCCACUGCGUGUCUUAAGGGAAGUUUUUUAUCCUAAUUUUCUACCCGGAAGCUACCACUUUUUUUGUGAAAAUGAUUUUACUUUUUAUUCACAAACCCAAGCAACAA